GGUGCAGCGUGUGUGAAUUUCAGGAAAAAGCUGAUAUAUUUCGGUAAAGGAGUAUUGAUUAUAUAUUCAACAACAUGAAAGAUAUAUCCACACGAAAAAAACGUCUAAAAUUAAAUACGAAAUGUGGGCGGAGCCAGCAAGCUUUUUCAUUGAGGUUUGACAGAUAGCAAGCUGACCAAUAGGAUCAAAGAACUGGGCACCAGUGACCAAUCAGAAGUGAGAGCUGCGUCCACCUCUUAACAUAAUUAAAUCCUCUCCAACGUGCUGGUGGAAGUGUUUGGAGUUUGCCAUUAAAGCCACAACACAGAGAGGAGAGAUGCACGUCCACCUCGCAACUUGCAGGGCCACCAAAACAACCUCCAGCCCGAUAAACCAAAAUGAAAAACUCCUCUAAUUCCGCUCGGAGGACGUAGGAGUUGGCGUUAGAGUGACUUUUUGAAACUGGAGCUGCUUCCUCGUUCGUCAAGGGUGUGAAAUAUCUCAACAUCUUCACAAAGAAACUUUGGUUUGCUAGGCUGCUAACUCGCUCUAAAGCCAGAUUUAAAGAAAGUAUCCUCACCGGAGACGUUAGCAGCCGAAAUAAAGAGCCAAGGGCCGCGGCUCCGAGUAAACUUUGUCGAAUUGGUCGGAAAUGUCGAUGAAAAAGUCACAUUUGUAACGGUUUCGGGUAGUUCUCAUCACCACAGGAGGAAGAGUUGCAGCUGGUGUUUAGCCAGCUACCACCAGCGCCCCCACAUCUCCACCAACCAAGCAGGGCAGAAAAGUGUCCGCGUCAGGAGGUUUAUUGGAGCCAAGUGCUUACAGGUCAGGGACUGGGAAGAUGUCCGGUCGAAGUGGAGCUGGACACCCAAGACCUGGAGCUCCACAGCCCCUGAAGGCGACUGUUCCCUUCAGACUGGCCAGCAAACCCCGACCGAACCGGAGGGAUGGGAAGUCAGCUGGAAAGACCAAAUUGCAGCAGCUAAGCUCAGGCAUGAGGAGGACGAUGUCCUUGGAUGCCAUCAUCGGACCGUACCUGCAGGGUCACUGGCCCAAAGAACUGGAGGCCCAGGGCAGUCCAUCUCGUAAAGACAAGUCCACCCAGACCCCAGACUCGUGGGUGGAUAAAUCCCACAGCAGGAAGGCUAGCAGCAGCCACAAACGCUCAGCAUCAUGGGGCAGCGAGCAUCUUAAAGAGAUUGCUAAACUGAAACAACAACUGCAGCAGUGCACCAAACCUGCAGCCUCUGGGGGUCACGAUAAAGACCGUCAGUGUUAUCCUCAAGGCGGCUGUAGCCUAGGAGCCACUCAGACUCAGCCCAUUCCCAUCCCCCUCUCUCCCCUGUCUACACUGGUCCCUCGACUGCGCUGCAGUGUGGAGGGCCUCAACCAGGAGCUGGAAGGCAUGUUCAUCAGUCAGUCACCACUUCCACUGAACAGGCUCCUCGAGGUUCCAGAUGGUCACCGUGCUCCGGUACCUCUGCACAGCUACAGCAUUGCUUCUCAGAGGGACUGCGCCACCACGCCUCUGUCCUCGUCCUCAACCUCGUCCUCGCCAUGCUCCUCCCCCCAGCUGCAUCCUUCAGGUGCUCUUCUGGACUCUCACCAAGGCUUUACAGAUGGAGCAGAGAUGUGCUUCCUAUCUCCGUUGUCCUCCCAGGAUGAAGCUGACCUUCCACCCCUGAUCUCGUCUUCUCCUGGACUAAACAAAAGCUGCUGCUUCCAGAGAGAGCCUCCCGAGGGCUGUGAGAAGGUCCGAGUCUGCGAGGAGAUCAGCGUUACACACCAAGAAAAGCAAGCCCUCGUCUCCUCCUGUCCAGACCCCAACAAGGUCAACUUCACCCCUCACGGUGGCUCGGCCUUUUGCCCCGUCAGCCUCCUUAAGCCCCUGCUUCCUUCCAUGGACCUGUUGUUUCGCAGCCUCACAGGCUCUCCAGCAGGAAGUUGCUCAAACCAGGGAACAAGCUCCUGCCAGGCAGCUUCCUCUGGUAACCAGGCUGCUUCUCCAGAUCCUCCAGCAGCCUCCUCUGUGAUGGGGGAGGCCUCAGGAGAGGGCCUGGCUUUCUGAUCACAGCUGCUGAUUCUUCUUUGUGGAAACAGUAAUGCAGACAUUUAACUGGACUAAGAUGGGUGUGGUUACCCCCAUCCUCAUGAAACCUUUUUUUCCUCCUUUAAAAGUUAUUUGUUGAGAAGAAAAUACACACAGAAAAAAAUUAUAUUUAAUCCAGAUAGAUUUUAGGUUUCCAUGAAUUCAUUAUUUCUAAGUUUGGUUUUGUCCGUUUUUUUACUCCAAAGAAAAUAUGUCAGACAAUGAGCUGUUGGGUGAGUUUGCUGGGUCACACAAAGCACAGAUGUGCUUUUUUAAAAUAACAGCACACACUCAUGCACGCGCGCGCGCGCACACACACACACAUACACAUCUCAGUUUCGGAUAUCAGGAGUCUAGAGCCAAUAAUAAAACCCCUUCUUGACUGAGUUUGUUUGUUUUUAGGUAUUUAGGUAUUUAGAUAUUUAAGUGCAACUUGAACUUGCACCUAUCACUAAAGUGCGUGACAAAUCAGUUUGUAUGAACUUGAGUCAAAAGACAAUGACAUCACAUUUUGAUCAUCAUCAACUGAAGGGAAGUUUUUGUUAAUUGGGGUUUAGUAAAAUCAUUACCUGAUGGCUUCAGCGCGUGUUCCUGCUUUAAAGUUGUACAUUUGUUUCUGUUUUCUUGUGUAAAUGCAAAAAAAAGGAAAAAAGUGUAUUAGUGGAUAAGGACCUAUUAAUUUCAGUGUUACAUAUUUUUGUUGUUUCUAGUUGGACAGCCUAGUUGACUACCUAACCAGUUUUAGUGGUAUAGAUGUGUCAUCCUUAUUCUUUGCUAAAGAUGUUUUUGUUCUGCCAAGAUGACAAGUCGAUCAACUAGUUCUAUUUCUAGUAGAGAUGUUUGCACAAAUCGAACUGCUACUUUUUGAGUCGCAAUUCUUUAUAUUUUUAUAUUCAAGUUUUUGUACUUCAAUGUAAAUGUAAGAGUAGUAAAUUGUAUUUUCUAUGUAUUUUUUCAGUUCCCUGCAACAUAAGCUAAAGUCUGUUACAUUUAGUUCUGUUCUGCUGGUGUUUGAGGCAGAAAUAUGGUAUCGGGUGGUCUUUUAUGCACUUCUACCAGAGGGAUUUUAUUGGAGAGGUGUUUCUUCCACAUGUUCCUGGGUUUGAUGUCAGGUUUUUGUGUGUAUGGAGAGUUUACCGAUCUUUGACUAACCUCUAGUUUUAGUAUCAUUUAUUAAUACUGAUAUGUAUAUUUUUCCAAGCAAUACAUAUUUCUGUUCUGGUUGGACGCUUGGAAUGUUCUGUUCUCUCAGGUUCUGUCCACAUAAAUACACAAUGAUGAACUGUCCUCUGUGUAAUUUAUGAAAUUAGACUUUCCAGUAUAAUCACUGCAGAGUGUUUUGUAUACUUUUUAAUGUCUGUGUUAAGAAAUUAAGUAAAAUAUGUUUGCCCUU